UUGCCUUAGGAGAUCACUUCAGUUAUGAUAUCAGAUACAUUUGAAUAAGAUCGAACAAUGGGGGCGACAGGGGAGGUCAAUGAGAUGGUGCAUCAUAUGCAGAAGUUUUCGUGGGUGGACUAUGUCGUGUUUGUGUUUAUGUUGGCGAUUAGUGCCGUUGUGGGCGUGUAUUGGGGUUUCAUGAAAAAGCAGACAACUCAAAAUGAUUACUUGCUCGGUGGUAGAAACAUGAAAGUAAUUCCUGUGGCUAUGUCUCUUGUUGCUAGUUUCGUCUCAGGAAUAACUUUGUUGGGAUCGCCGACAGAAGUCUACAUGCAUGGGACACAGUAUGCUUACAUUAUGGGCGGAAUAUUUCUAAUGUCGAUAGUAAUGACCCAGGUUUAUUUACCAGUGUUUCAUGAGCUUAAGAUCACCUCUAAUUAUGAGUACUUAUCGAUGAGAUUUGAUAACAGAGUCCGACUGUUUGGAUCGGUUUUAUUUGCAUUUACAUUGAUAGGUUGGUUACCAAUUGUUAUUUACGUACCGGCACUGGCUUUUAAUCAAGUAACUGGCGUCGAUAUACAUAUAAUAACACCAAUCGUGUGUUUAGUGUGCAUUUUUUAUACUAGCGCGGGAGGACUUCAAGCGGUGGUGUGGACAGAUGUGAUACAAAUCACGGCUAUGUUUGGGGCGAUGGCUUUGGUUGCAAUAAAGGGAACACUCGAUGUUGGCGGCAUAGCUGUUGUAUGGCAACGUAAUAUGGACAGUGGCCGUAUUGAACUUCCCAAUUGGGAUCCCAGUCCCCUGGCACGGCAUACAAUAUGGAAUUUGGUAAUUGGAGGAUUGAUCUAUUGGCUGCAAGCAAAUUCUGUCAACCAGACUAUGGUGCAACGUUAUUUAGCGUUACCCACUUUACGUGGAGCGAAAUGGGCAGUUGUACUAUUCUGUAUAGGUAUAUCAGUAUUAUAUUGCUUCUGUCUAUACUGUGGAUUGUUGAUUUACGCCCGCUUUCACGACUGUGAUCCUCUUCAGACAAAGCUAGCAAAAGCCAAAGACCAACUAUUACCACUGUUAGUGAUGGACGUUUUGGGAAACAUACCGGGUUUGCCUGGAGUAUUUGUAGCUGGAAUUUUUAGUGCUGCUCUGAGUUCCUUGUCAACAAGUUUGAACUCUAUGUCGGCCGUGGUUCUAGAAGAUUUCUAUAAGCCGUUUCAUAGAAAACAACUAUCUGAUCGGCAGACUGCUUGGCUAAUGAGGGGAGUCGUCGUUCUCCUUGGCGUUGUUUGUGUAGGAUUGGUAUUUAUUGUCGAGAAAAUGGGCACAAUUCUGCAGUUGACUAUGACCUUAGAAGCAAUGACCAUGGGCCCCCAGCUUGGUGUUUUUUCUAUGGGCAUUUUAAUGCCGUGGGUGGAUUCAACGGGCGCGCUAGUGGGCGGCAUAACCGGACUAGCAAUGAUGUCUUGGUGGUGCCUCACCGCUCAGAUGGCAAUUGCUCGCGGUUAUAUCUCGCAUCCUCACAAAUUGCUGACUACCGUAGGCUGUACAUACAAUUAUACUAUUUCCGAUGACAAAACCGGAUACUCAGACGAGGAAGUGAACCCGAUGCUCCAUGUGUCAUAUAUGUGGUACACGCUAGCUGGAGCAUUAGUGACCAUUUGUAUAGGCAUGGUAGUGUCACAAAUAAACCGUGCUCGUGGAAAACCAUAUGUCCCUCCUGCCCCCAAAUUACUUGCACCGCAACUAAGACGAUUGUAUCGAGAACCGCCGCAUCCCACUGAAGAACUCUAUAUAAGGGCUUACGGAAAUAAUAAGGGUACCUGUCAAACGAAUUCCACCUCAAUAAUCAUGAAACCUACAAAUGAAACAGAAGAAAUUAGUUGAUUAAUAUUGAUUUUGUUUAUUUAAUAAAGUGCUUGCAGGUCAU